UUUUGGCUACAAGUUGUAGACUAAAAUUUACGUGUGGUUUUGGAGUCUAAGGAAGAGUCGGUUUCUGCCGCUUACACGUUUCUGAGUUACUUUUGAGUUAAUAUGUCGGAAUUGCGUUCUAAACUUUUAUAACUUGUUUAAAAUUUAAAUAUCAUGCUCUUAGAAAUGAAUUCUAUUACUCCUUUUGUUUUAGUGAAAAGUUUACUGUAUUUGAUAUCAUAUUUUCAAGUGUCGGAUGCUAAAGCAGUCGCUUUAACAGAAAGUAAUUUUGACCAGCAUGUUGCAAAUAAUGACUUAGUGUUCCUUAAUUUUUAUGCUGACUGGUGUAGAUUUAGUCAAAUAUUAGGUCCAAUUUUUGAUGAAGCUGCAGAAACAAUUGCUAAAGAAUAUCCAAGUGGAAAAGUUUUGUUUGGCAAAAUUGAUUCAGUAGCAGAAACAAAUUUAGCUCAAAGGUUUAAAAUCAACAAGUAUCCAACUUUAAAAUUGAUUAGGAAUGGAAAGCUUAUGAAAAGAGAAUACAGAGGACAGAGGUCAUUAGAAGCUUUAGUAGAUCAUGUGAGGGACUUGAUGAAAGAUCCAGUGAAGGAAUUAAUAACAGAUGAAGAUAUACAAAAAAUUGAUGUAAAUAAAAGAAAAGUUGUUAUAUACACUCCUGAUAAAACCUCCCCAGUAUAUGAAGUUUUCUUGAAAGUAGCUAUGGAUUUAAGAGAUGAUUGUCAGUUCUUUAUUGUUAAAGGACCACUAGGUGAAUCAUCAUUACUUCCUGAGCAGAAAGCAAAAAUAAUAUUUAAUCCAUCAAAAUCUAAGAUUGGAAUAAAUGAUGAAGAAUAUAUCGGAGCAUUGCUGAGCUAUGAUGAAUUAAGUGCAUGGACAACCAACCGUUGCAUUCCACUGGUGAGAGAAAUAACUUUUGAAAAUGCUGAGGAACUUACAGAAGAAGGAUUGCCAUUUUUGAUUCUAUUUCAUCAUCCUGAUGAUACUGAAAGUCCAAAAAUAUUUACAAAUGCUGUUCAAACCCAAUUACUUGAUGACAGAACUCUUGUCAAUUUUCUAAUUGCUGAUGGUUUGAAGUUUGCUCAUCCUCUGCAUCACUUGGGAAAAACGGCAGCUGAUUUACCUCUGAUAGCAAUAGACAGUUUCCGUCACAUGUACCUGUUUCCUAAUUAUAAUGAUAUAAACACACCUGGUAAAUUGAAAGAAUUCGUAUUAGAUCUAUUCUCAGGAAAACUACAUAGGGAGUUCCAUUAUGGCCCUGAUCCUGUAACAAAUAAUGUCAUUUCCACAAAUCCUCCUGAAUCAACAUUCAAGAAACUUGCUCCAUCAAGAAAUCGAUAUACUCUUCUAAGAGAUGAAUUGUGAUAUCAUAUUUAAUAGGAAAGCUGCAAAGUCUUUCAAGCACUUCUCUGUUAAGAGAAAUUUCAUGCAUCAUCAAAGAUCAAGCUAUGGUUUUGGGUGUGGCUUUUCACUAUUCUCAACCUUUUUGAACACAUUUUCACCAACAUGGGUUCAGAAUACAAAGAAAGGUUUUUUUCAUUUGCUUUAUGAAGUCACUAAAAAGAGCAUAAUGAUUCAGAAAGUUGGUAAAGUAUUAUAAGCUUAUUGCUGGGCAAAUAUGAGCAUGUCAACUUUCUACUCUCAUUUUUAUGAAAUUCAAAUAUUUAUUCAAAACUGGUUUUCCAAAUAAAAUGAAAAUAUUUGUGAUUUAUUUUAUACAAUUUGGGACUUUGUUUUUAUCUAACUGAUUAAAUAUUAAUGUAUUCAGAAAAUAAUUUUCAUUUUUUUUCGUCAUUUUCUUAGAUUAUUUUGAUAUUUUAGUAUAAUUUUUUUUUUCUUUGAAAAAGAUUGUGGUAGUAUUUUUUUAAAAAUGAAUUUUAUGUAUGUACAUUAAGUUGAUUUUUUGACAAAUAUGUAAGAUUUUGGGGUUAGACACAUGGAUUGCCAUUGUAUAAUUGUAAAUAGGUGUCUGUGAUUUAAUUGCUUUCACUUGUAUGGUUGUAGCCACAUAUUUUGUAUAUAAUAAAAUCAAAAUAUAGUUUAUUUUAUCCAUAAUGUUAGAAAAAUUUAUUUUUUAAAUAAAACCAGAAAAAUAUAAUUAUUCUUCAAUUAUAUUUUUCAAUUUAAAGUUACUAAUAUAUUUUAGAAUUUAGUUUUCAACUUUUGAAGUUCAUAAAAUCAAACUUUAAAAAUCUCAUAUUUCAUGUUUAAAAAUGUAUUUCUCAUGUUAUCACAUUUAAAUUAUAAAUUUUCAAUUCCAAUAAUGGUUUUUUUAAUUAUUAAAUUACUUAAACUGGUUCUUUAAGAUUUCCUUUUCUCAAAAUAGGUUAUUAAUUUUGUCCUGAUACUAAUUGGUAAAUUCUAGUAUAAAAUAAAUUAUCCAAGUAUUGUCAUUGUAACAAAUUAAAUUUUUACACAACAUCAGAAUUUGAUCUAUAAAAGAUCACAGUAAAUUUAUUCACAAACGGGUCAUGCUGUUUUUCAAUAAUCAGGAAUCAAUUGUUUUUAAA